GCGUUGAAGCAAAACAACUGAUUUCUGUUUAAUAGGAUUGUGCCUAGGGGCAGGACAGGAUGGGAUGUGCAAAACUCAGCGGCCAGAGAAUGUGAAUGCUGUCUCAGCGGGUACUCCGUAGUGCAGUGGUUAGCACGCUCGGUUCACAGCCGAAAGAUCCCGGGUUCGAUCCCCGGGCGGAGCGGAGAAGGAUGGGCGAUCUCCUCACACCCGCGCCCCUGUUCACCCAGCAGCAAAUGGGUACCGGGUGUUAGCCGGGGGUCGUGUCCCGCCUCUCGGGGUGGCGGCCUGGCACCUGCCGCGGCGUGUAGCUGAAGGGUGCAAACCCAUGAUCCCCAAACCCGGCUUCGGCCAUAACCACAAGUAUCGAAACAAAGCAAAGAGAAGAGUUGAAACAAUAGAGGGACCCGGGGGUCUCCCUCUGGUCAAGCGCCGCAGAUCUCGAACCAUCGGUGUCGAGACGCACAGGAAGGCUAGAGGCGAGGUGAGCUUGCCGAACGGCUCUUGUUCUACUCCUCGCCUCGCCCAAGGAACACUCCAGUGCUGCAUUCUUUUAAGGCUGCCAGUCUUCCUUCACUGCGUUGCUGGAUUUGAGGCACGGGAGCGGUUGGAGACAUCGUGGCGCCUCAUCUUGUGGAACCGUGAUAUCCUCCCCCCUCACCCAACAAAGGUUCCUGGUGAGGGUACAAGACGUGAGAACUGCUGGCUGCUGUUGAGUGGGCGAUUCAGGACUGGUGACAAGAGAUUGGUGCUGGUGUUCUCUGCUUCUGCACCAUUUCUUCUGGAAAAUCCUUCUUGUACUACCUUUCUUGUGUUGAACGUUGUGUGUCAGACUCGUGGAUUGACAGUGUUGUCGGUUAAUGAGCAGCAGUGUACUAAGUCCUAGACUCCCUAAAUAUAAUUAAUAUACAUUGUU